AUGGACGUGGCCAGCACGGGAAGUCUAACGUACUGCCUCCCAGACAGCACAACGUGCUUUGCAGACGACCAUGGGCACGGUACCGCAAGCGCCGGCGUAGUGGGGGUCUCGACAUAUGGCGUCGCGGAUGGAGCGACCCUCUGGUCGAUGAAGGUAUUCGAUGCCAAUGCUGACGGCUACACCGCUUGGUCCGUCGCUGCAGAGCAGUGGGCGGUUUUGACGAAUGGUCUCAGGCCAGCGGUGGUCAACGUGGGUCUCUCAGGGGCUUUGCAAUCGCCAUCGGAGAAGGAAUCAAUCGAGUAA